AAGUAAUUGUUUCUUUUACUUCUCUCCAUUCAUAUAUAACUAUCAAAAUUAAUUAACCAAAUCCAUAUGAUUUUUACAAACCAAAAAAACUAAAAAUAAAAUCCCAUUUCAUAUCAAACUCUUUUAUUACAAGCUCGACAAUUUUCUCAGCAAAUAUUCUGCAGCUGGAAGCUCUUCAUAAAUGCCUCUCCACUGGCUCGGCCUCGUCGCCGCCGUGUGGCUCCAAUCCAUCAACGGCACAAACUCAAACUUUCCGGCUUACUCCUCGGAGCUCAAGCGGAUCCUCUCCAUCUCGCAGCUCCAGCUCAACAACCUCGCCUUCGCCUCCGACGCCGGCAAGCUCCUCGGCUGGGUUUCCGGCGUCGCUGCCGCCCGCCUCCCGCUCUGGCUCGUCCUCCUCAUCGGCUCCGCCCUCGGUGCUGCCGGAUACGGAGUGCAAUUCCUCUUCCUCACCGGCCGAAUCCACUCUCUCUCCUACUGGCAAGUUUUCUCUCUCACCGUCGUCGCCGGUAACAGCAUCUGCUGGAUCAACACCGUCUCCUACAUCCUCGCGAUCCGAAACUUCCCGCUCGAUCGGCAGAUCGCCGUCGGAAUCUCGACGAGCUACGUCGGAUUGAGCGCGAAGAUCUACACGACGGUGGUCGAGGUCGCCGCCGCCUCUCCAUCAGCGCCGCUCGAGAGAGCUAAGGCGUUUCUCCUACUGAACGCCGCUCUGCCGCUCCUCGUCUGCGUGGCGGCGGCGCCGCUGACGGGGUACGCCGACGUCGGAAAAUCGAGGAGGCUGGUGGCGGGGUUCGUCACGCUGUUCGUGAUUACGGCGGUGACCGGCGGCUUCGCGGUGAUCACUAGCCUGAUUCCUAGGGUUCUGUCGCCGCCGGCGAUCCUCAUCGGACUAGUCGUGUUUCUGGUGCUGCCGCUGGUGACGCCGGCGGCGGAGGAGAUCGGGGAGGCUGUGCAGCAGAAGUGUUUGAUUGUGGUGCACGACGAGGAGAGCCUGAAGCGCGGCGGAUUGGCGGGGAAGGAUGGAGAAGGUUCGAGAAAUGAUGGUAUUGGUGAGGAGAUCCCGCCAUUGUUGAUGCUGAGAAGAGCUGAAUUUUGGUUGUAUUUUUUGGUGUAUUUGUUUGGUGCAACUCUGGGAUUGGUUUACUUGAAUAAUCUGGGGCAGAUUGCUGAAUCCAGGGGCAGUUUCGGGAUUUCGUCGUUGGUUUCCUUAGCUUCUGCAUUUAGCUUCUUCGGUCGGUUGCUGCCAUCGCUCCUCGACUAUUUCUUCUCCAAAUCAACAUACACAAUGUCAACAUCGAUUGCAAUGGGGUUGAUGACGGCCCCAAUGAGCGGAGCGUUUUUUCUACUAGUGAUAAGCAAACAAGACUUUGCAUUGUAUACCAGCUCUGCCAUUGUAGGGAUUUGCAGCGGUGCAGUUACUUCAAUAUCCAUAUCAGCAACUAGGGAGUUGUUUGGGACGAUCAAUUUUGGAGUUAAUCACAAUAUUUUGGUGUCGAAUAUACCUAUUGGCUCAUUUUUAUUUGGGGAUUUCGCAGCAUUGCUCUACAAGAAUGGGAGAGUUGAUGGAGAAGAGAAUUGUGUAGGAAAUAGAUGCUACCAAACAACCCUUUUGAUAUGGGGUUGUUUGUGUGUUUUGGGGAGUUUGCUAGCUUUGGUGCUUCAUGUAAAAACCAAGAAAUUGCGAGGACAUAAAUAGGAUAAUCUAUUCUUUCAAAGUAUUUCGAGUUUUAGUCUCAUAUUUUACUUGGUAAUAAUUCAAAAUAAUAGUAAGAGUUAAAGUAAUUACAAAU